AUGCUGCUCGCUUUGGUUGGAUCGAUCGUAGCCGUGCAAGUAACAGCGCCCAUCAACUGUAACGCGCUAUACGCCUUCAACUUUUGGGCAAUCAACAUGGCAAUCCUCUGCGCCUCCACAUUGCUUAUGAUCCGCACUGUUGCACUCUGGAAUAAGAACCGUCUCGUCAUUUUGCUGCUUGCUACGCUUGGAUGCGUACACUGGGCGAUCCUGUGGCGGGGCAUGUUCAUCCUCGAAGCGACUUACUCGCCCGAGGCCAAAGGCUGUACCAUCACCUCGACGGAUCAUGUCUUCCUCAACAUCAGCUUUUUAAUGACUAUGGGUGUCAACUUUGUGAUACUGCUGCUGACAGCGGCGGCUCUUGCUCGCCAGCGGCUGCGCUCGCACCUGUGGAAGUUACUCUUCCAGGAUGGUCUCGUGAAUUUCUGCGUGACGUUCGUCUGCAAUGCCACACCUGCCAUUCUCAACAUCUUCAAUUUGAAUACGUUGACCACUAGCAUUGCAAUCGUCCCGGCUGCGACAAUUUCCUCCGUCGCUGCAUGCCGUCUUUUCAUGCGCCUGCGAAACUAUAGCAACGCCCCGGAUGACUCGUACAUCCACCCUACAACGGUGCUCGCCGGAGGUAACAACGUACACUACACUGGCGGGAGGCGUAGCCGCGCUAUGGGCAUCCGUCCGACGCCCGAGGUGCGCGUCACGACAACCAGAAUCACUGCCGAGGACUUUUCCGCCCUGCCACAGAAAGCGAUGCGCUCGUCUAGUAGAUUGAGCGCUGAUCUCGAGUCCGAGCUUGGCUUCGAAAAUUGAGGACGCAUGGCCUUGGUGUAUGGGCACAAGCCGGCAGCUGACGCUAAUGGAGGGCAGGCGGACGUAAUUUAAACCCUUAUAUCUUAUCUGUCAUGCUUUCUUGCGCGCGAUCCGCGCCGCGGUGCUGCUGAUGAACAAGGCAGACUCCAGUUUUAUAUACGAACGCAUCCGAGAGGGGAUGCCUUUCG